CCACUUCCUCUUGCGGUUUGUUGACGACGGAAGGCGUUCCAUGAAUAUAACAUGAUUCGAAUGAAUCUUUUGGCUGUCUCUUUGAUAUUUGUCGCAAGUGGCUGUAUUUUAGUUGGACUAAUACUAAGUUCUGACUAUGUAGAAAAUGUCCGGAUUCAAAAUGGAGAUGGUCACCUUCAUUUUAAUGGAGAUAAUACGAACUUGUGGUGGUUUGUUCAGCUUACAGAUAUACAUGUUAGUAAAUUCUAUGACCUUAAAAGGCCUGAAGACUUAAUUGGGUUCUGUCAUCAACAUCUUCCAAAAAUAGCACCACAGCUAGUGAUCGUAACAGGAGAUCUAACUGAUGCCAAAUACAGAAAUCAAAGAGGAUCAAUGCAAUUCUUGGAUGAAUGGAAACGUUAUGAAAAAGUUGUGACAAUAUGUCAGAAAUACAACAAUGAUGUGAAAUGGCUGGACUUGAGAGGAAAUCACGAUGCUUUCAAUGUACCUGACUUGAAUGACCAUAAAAACCUAUUUAGAGCGUACUCUGAACAAGGGGGAGCUAACCCUUCCUCAUACAUGUACACUCACAAACUGGAAAUUGGAGAGUACAGCUUCAUUGCCAUGGAUGCCACACCAGACCCGGGACCAAAGAGGCCAUUCAACUUCUUUGGAUUUCUCAGAGAGACGCAGAUAAAGUUGUUGGAGAAAUUCUCCAGAGAUAGCAGAAACAGCAACAUGACAUUCUGGUUUGGCCAUUACCCGACAUCACUGAUUGCUACGGAGGAUAAUUCCGAUGUUCGACAACUGAUGAGGAAUGCCAGUGCCUAUUUUUGUGGACACCUUCACACAUUGGCGGGACUUAUUCCCCAGAUGUACACCAGACACAGAACAGGUACAUAUGAACUGGAGCUGGGAGACUGGAAAGACAACAGAAUGUACAGAAUUGUUGCUGUGGAUAACAAUGUGUUGGCAUUCUCAGACCAGCGUUUCCAUGAAGAACCAGUUAUUAUCUUUACCAAUCCACAACAUGCCAAAUUUCCAUCACCACUCAAAAUAACUUCUACUCAUAUCAGGCUGUUGAUGUUUCCACCAUCACAAGACUUGACCAUUACUGUCUACAUUGAUAACCAGGAAGUUGGUGUAGCCCAGAGAGUUCAAGGACCACUUUAUGUGUUACCAUGGCAACCAGAACAUUUUGAUAGUGGUCUACAUCACAUCAAAGCAGUGGUCAAGGAGAAAGAGUUUGUCAUCAAAGAGAAGACUCAGACAUUUUCUCUAGAUGGUACUGUGGAACCAUUUCCUCUGAAAGCACGACUUAUUCUCACGAUGGACAUCUAUUUACUUGGAAAAUACUUGUUCUUUUUCCUGGUCUUUGUGUAUGUUGUUGUCCUCAGUCUGCUGAGAAAAUGUGCAGACAUCAGAUCCCUACAGCUCCAAGAAAAUUUGGUAUUUGGAGGAUUUUUGAGGAAAUUUAUUAAUCGUUGGAUACAUAGGCUGUGGAUGGUUUCAACGACACCCAAACUUUAUCUGAUUUUAGUUGGAUUUACAAUAUACAUAGCAAUAGGCCCGUGGUUUUUGGCAGAGGUGAUAGACGGCCACACUGGUUUACUAUUUGUGUGGGGACUCUAUGUUAAAGGGGCUUUCCUACCAGGAAAUCUUGCCUAUGUUUACGGAAUAUUUCAGAUGGUGACCUUUAACAUUCCAUUGUUGUUCCACAUGGGCUGUGUCCUAGGUUACCCACAAUCCUACAGUGAGCCUAGUAGAUCCCGAUUUUCCCACAGACUGCGACAUCUGUACAUUCCAAUGGCUGCACUGAUCCUGUUUCAAUCGUACAUGACUCUUCAAGAAUUCCCGCAGGCUUAUGGACACAAGGCCAUGAUUCUGGGACCCGUCAGGACAGGGUCUAUAUUUGUGGGACUAUAUUGUUAUCGUGUAGCUAGAGCCCAUCAUUGUAAAAGCACAGUUCACACAAGUUAACAACUGCUAGAAAUAUAUUGAAAUCUUUUUAAAUUAUUGCAUGAGCAACAAUAAAUUGUUUAGAUAUUCUUGAUAAUAUAUUUUAAAAAUCCUGUUUUUUAUCUUAAAAAGAUUUUUAUGUGCAUUCCUUAAAAAGGGUAUUUGUAAAGUGUGCACUUUUUAAAGAAUAAUUCAAAGUUGGUGUUUUCAUGAAUAUUCAUAUGGAUUUGAAAUGAGAUUUUCUGAUAGACAAUGAAUCAAUCUGAUUAAAAUCAGCUCCUCGAUUCACUCCUUUAUUUAUAGCAACAAUAUAUUGAAAAAAGGGCGGAUCAAGGAACUGAUUUUUAUCAGAUUGUUUUUGAAUCAUUUCAUGAUGUUACGAUAGGACAUUUCAUGUGAUGUUUAUUAUACAAGUUGUCUUUCAAAUUUGGUACAUAUUAUAGUAUUUCAUUUAAGUAUAAAACCUUGUGAAUGUAAAACAGUAUUGACAUCUUUUGUUUACUCAGGUAAAAUUUCUUCUUUAGCUGUGAGGUUACUCAUACAUGUUAUUGUACUAGUCUAAUUUUCAUUAGUGGUAUAAGUAAUGUAUGUUCUAGUGUAAUUCCAUGUGUUAUAUGGGAUGGCUAUGCAUGAACAGUAUGGUGUGUGACUUAAUGUAUGAUUGCAAGGCAGCUCUGAGUAUGUAUCAAGUUAACAAUACCAUAUAACGGAUAUUUUCUGAGGUCGGAAUUUUUUGCAAUCCCUAAAAGGAAGCAAAUUAUACUCUGCAUUUCCAAUUUCUGUGGUUGCAUUAUACCUGUAUCAAUACUUGUAUGUAUCAGUAUUUAUUUUGUGAUUGUAAUUUUUGCGGAUUUUUUCUAUCUGCCAGAUUCUGCAAAAACUGGACAACUACAGAAAAUACCCGUUUUACGUUAUUAAGAGCUUUCAUCAGUUAGUUUGAACUUAACAGUGGGGAAUAAACAUAUAGCUUAUUUA